AUGCGUUCCAGAUUGAGGUACGCCCAUAUACGCAGCUCCGAGGAAUGGGUGGAAACCAUUGGAGACGCCUACAUGGUGGCCUCUGGUCUGCCCAUACGAAAUGGUAGUCGCCACGCCGGAGAAAUAGCCCUGAUGUCUUUGGAAUUGCUCAGUGGUUGCGGUACCUUCAAAAUUCGACACAUGCCCGAUGUCCCACUUCGACUACGUAUUGGACUGCAUACAGCCUUUAGAAUCCACAUCAGUCAACCAUUUAAAGAGCUGCUGGACACGAUUGGUGGCUACACGACAGAGUACCGUGGCACGGUAGAACUGGAGGGAGGCAUUGAAAUGAACUCUUACUGGCUGCAGAACAGCAAGGACUUUCACAAGCCUCUGCCCACACCACCGCCACUCACUGGGGGUGCAAAUCACGGGUAA